AUGUUGACCCCUGCCAAUGCCCAGAUCUCACACGCGGGCCAGGCAUGCGUGGUGAAGGAGGACAACAUCAGUGAGAGGAUCUACACUAUCAGAGAGGGAGACCGCCUGGAGCUCCAGUGUCUGGUCAAAGGACACCCACAGCCACAGGUGCGGUGGACCAAGACGGCGGGAAGUGCCUCUGACAAGUUCCAGGAGACGUCCAUCUACAACGAGACGCUGCGCAUCGAGGGCAUCCAGCGGGUGCAGGGCGGCCGCUACUACUGCAAGGCCGACAACGGGGUGGGGGUGGCUGCCAUCAAGUCCAUCCGGGUAGACGUGCAGUACCUCGACAAACCAGUGCUGACAGUGCACCAGACCAUCAGUGAUGUGCGCGGGAGCUAUUACCAGGAGAAGACGGUGUUCCUGCGCUGUACGGUCAACUCCAACCCCCCAGCCCGCUUCAUCUGGAAACGUGGCAACACGCCCAUAGAGCAGAGCAAGGAUACCGGAGUGGACAUCUACGAACCGCUCUACACACAGGGGGAGACCAAGGUGCUGAAGCUGAAGAACCUGAGGCCAAAGGACUUUGCAAACUACACGUGCGAGGUGACUGUUCGCAACGUGUGUGACAUCCCGGAGAGCUCUGUCACCUUUCGGCUCACCAACGCCACCACUCCCCCUGCUCUACGGCUGUCUGUCAACGAGACCCUGGUGGUGGACCCCGGGAAAGACGUGACCCUGUCGUGUGAGGUGACCGCCGGAUUCCCUAAGCCCACUGUCACCUGGUCGCGCUAUCCCAACCCAUUGCCGAGAAACUCGUUGGUAAGGAAUGGGACUCUGACACUGCGCUCGGUCACGCCCGCCGACUCAGGCUUCUACAACUGCACAGCGGUCAACAACGUGGGGAACCCGGCCAAGAGGAACGUCAACCUCCUCGUCCGAAGUAUGGGCAACCUCACCUUCCAGAUCACACCCGACUCCAACAAGGACAGUGAGAGCAUCCAGAUGGGCCGCGAUCUCAAGCUCUCGUGUCAUGUGGACGCACAGCCCCAGGACAAGGUCAACUACACAUGGUACAAGAACGCGGCACUAGUCUACAACUCGGACAGCUUGAUCGUGCUGCGCAGCGACCCGGACAUGGCGCCGGGCACAAGUAGCCUGGAGAUUGUGGACAUGAAGUUCCGUGACCAGGCCACCUACAGUUGUGUGGCCAACUUUCCUGGGAGCACGGUGCCCGAGCUGAGGGUAGAUGUCAACAUUACCCAGAGCAGCGUCACUCCCCCAAUUUUGACAGUGCCGGCAGGGGGCCAGGUGGUGAGUGUGAGGGAGGGAGGCUCUGCCGACCUGGUGUGCCUGGUGGAUGGCAAGCCCCGUCCGCCUGUGCUCUGGUCGCGCGCCGACAAGGACCUGCCUAUGCCCACGGGUGAGUGGGCGGUGGAGACACGCAACGGGCGCCUCCGGCUGACCAACGUCACCCGUGACCUGAUGGGUUCCUAUCGCUGCCAAACGGCGUCCUACAAUGGCCUCAACAUCAAGCCACGCCAGGCGCAGGUGCAGCUCAACGUGCAAUACGCUCCAGUCCUGGACCCGGUCUUUCAGGAUGUCCGUUCACCCAACUACCAGUUUGUGACGUUGCGCUGCCUCAUUCAGAAGUCCAACCCGGCACGCGUGGCCAGUGUCCGCUGGGUCCGAAACGGCGAGCCCCUGUCCUCCCUGACCCCGAACCCGCAGGAGAACCCGCAGCUGAAAUUCAAACUGGACCCCAGCAACAACGGCACAUACGAGUGCCGCGUCAGCAACGGCGUGGGCAGCUCCACCUGCACCUUCAACGUCUCGUCCCGUCCAUACAACGCAGAGUUUUACUUUGAUACGCCCAACCCCAUCCGCAUUCAGAAGGUCAACAACUACUCCUACAACCUCCAGUGGACCCAGAGAGAGCCGGCAGUUACAGACCGCAUCAUCGGCUACUGGGUCAACGUACGCACGAUGAAUCAGGUGAACAUGUUCUCCAAGCAGAUCGACAAGAAGGAGCCCGUGAAGGGCGGCCUCAUGUCCUACACCCUGACUGACCUGAAGAUCCCCGUCUCCUAUGAGAUCCGCCUGGCCCCCAUCACCACCUACAGCACCGGAGACUAUGUCAGUCGCACCAUCCAGUACUCAGAGCCCUACAUUUACCCAAGACCUUCAGACCACGUCUGUGGCUUUGAGGACGAGCGCAUCUGUGGUUUCUCCCAGGACCGGGGCGACAAGUUUGAUUGGACUAGACAGAACCACCUGACCCAGAACCCCAAGCGCUCGUCCAAUACCGGCCCAGAGAUGGACAGGAGUGGAAACAAAGAAGGUUACUACAUGUACAUCGAGGCCUCUCGUCCCCGGGUCGCUGGGGACAAUGCCCGUCUCCUGUCCCCUCUCUUCAACGUUACUGCUGCCAGAGGCCCCAAGGGCUCCGGUCGUCUCCCCUACUGUGUCUCAUUCUUCUACCACAUGAAGGGCAAGCACAUCGGUUCCCUGAAUGUGUGGCUGAGGGUGAAGAGCAUCGCCUCUGUGGGCGAUCGGGUCUGGACUCUGGAUGGGAACCAGGGUCCUGACUGGAUUCAGGCCAACAUCAACGUCAACCCCAGCGGACCCUUCCAGGUGAUGUUUGAGGCUAUUCGGGGAGCGGGCUAUGAAGGGGACAUUGCCAUCGAUGAUGUCUCAGUCACCAAAGGGAAAUGCAAGCAGGAGAACUCUGUCUCCAACACAGUUCUGAUUGGGGGAGCCCCAGGUCUGCGCUCGCUCCCAUUGGUCGCCUCACUGACCUUCGCCCUCUGCUCAUAUCUACUGCUGCUCUACAGAUGAUGAGCACAACGCACAGCGUCCCCUGUCUGCCGAGACAGGCUACUGCCCAGACUUGCGCUCUCUUCUUCUCUCCCUGUG